CUCAGCACCCAGGGCCUGCACCCAGACAUCAUCCCCGGCCAUCGUCUGGUUGCGUGCCGGCCACAUCUUUCAAGAUUCAAAUCCAGCAUCUCUUGCAUCCGGAGAGGCUCCUGACAUGAACUAAGAGCUGGAUCCAUCACCACAGCGCCCGAGACCGUCUCGCCUGCUCUCCUUGACCAUCAUGCACCACCGAAUCGCGCCAUACUACCAUGAAUCCGCGAUAACCACCGCCGUAUUCACGACACGCUCAGCACCCGGUCCCGCUUCAUAGCCUCGGCCUCCCAACCUCACGCACCAGAGACGGGUUGAUGCAGCUUCAUACUGCCGCGUUCGGGCUUUUCAUUCAACGUCAAUACCACCGGAGCGUUCCAUAGCGGGCAGCCAGUCUGUCUAAUGGAAUUUCUCAAGUCCUGCAAUACCAGUGUGCAGUCUAUUGCUGGCUUCGAAAUCGUAUCGUACCAAGCCUUCUCCGUCUCUCGGAUUGGCACGCUUCCCCCGCGCAACCCGACUGAUACUCUACCUUUUGAAGAUGUUUCCGCUGUUGAGGCGGAGUUCAGGCAGCGUAAGCAGUUGGUCAUACAGGAUCGCGGAACUCGCCCAAGGCCGUGGCUGUGGAUAUUCGAAGCGACUUCUCCCGAGAAGACGGCCGGGAGUCCUCCUGAACCGCCAAAAGUCGAGGGAUAUGAAUUAAAGCGCGAGCAAUCCGGUGUUGUCAAAGCUGGUGAGUUGGCACGGCCGCCGAAUAGGAGACCUCCGAUCCAGAAUCCCUCGGCGUCUGUAAGCGCAAACACCCCUUCCACGCCCGCUUCACAACGAGCGCCGCCGCCUGCGCCGACCCCACAGCUGCAGGCAAAUGAUGUUUUCACACUCUAUGAACUGUUCACGGCCUCUGUCAUUGCCCUGAUAUCCUAUCAUUGGGUCAAGCACCAGCAGGCCGUUGCUCUCAAUUUCAGAACGUUCGUGUGCAAGCCGCCGUAUUAUGGACAAGACUCCCGUGACAACACCGGUUUUGGCGGUCAUUCUGUCUUCUUGACGGAUCUUAGUGUUUAUUGGGCCAGCAACGGGACGGUGCUCGUAUCAAGCGUAUGCGUACCGUAUCAGACUGCAAUUCGAUGCUUAGACGGCUUCUCGGAAUCGCCAUUGCAAGAGAAGGUGCUUAACAAGUGCGUUCGAAUUGCACCUAAUGGUUGGCUUGCUAGGGUUGUGAGCUUCGAAGAUCCGGUAUUGAUGAGCACCGGUGACUCUAGUACGAGAUCGCGAAGAAAAAGGAUCAAAGUCGGGCUGCUUGAGAGUUCGGUUGAUAAGUGGAAGGCCCAGCUGGCACGAUGGCUCUGCUGGAAGGGGUAUUCGACCAGCGGCUUGGACGGAAAAGACGCAUGGGUAAGAAUUCGGCUUUUGCAAACACCAACGAAUUACGUCGGCGAUAUCUACUGGCCUCGAGCGCUGUGCUUCCUCUACGACUCUACGAUUCUACCUGAGUCCCGCGUUGGAUGGCCUACGAAUCGCCCUGAUGACCCCCUCCUGUGGUUUGCAAACUCUCAGACGACCGGAUUCAAGGACCCGAUAGACGCAGCGGAGGAAUGGUUUCUGGGUAAGGCCGAGAGAGACAAGGCUGAGGAAGCACGCCGCCUUGCCACGAAAGCUCAAGAAGAAGCAGCCGCGGCUCGGUUAAAAGAAGACAUGCCUGGCGGUCUGUUUCCUUCUUCGCCGAAUCAUCCUCGGACGGUACCGUAUGGAGAGCUUCAAUCAGCAGCCGGCGUCUAUCCUACACCACCGGAUGGCGUAGUCCCUGGCACUGCUGUUACACAAGGCGACACCCCGACCAUAAGCGGCACCGCGACGAGUAAAGUUCUUGCACCUGCAGGGAUCACACCUGGCAUCAAUGUAUCAGCACCUUCAGAGGGCCCCCGCCCAAAUGGGCAACAAGACUCGCAAAAUGCGCCCGAUGAGCAUCCCGGCUACGAGGGCCUGGAUGCAGGUGAGAACGAUGAUGAUCUUUUUAACGACAUGGAUGAAGACGACUUUGGUGGCAAUGGAGUAACAGAUGCGGAUUUUAGUUUCUUUGAUGGGCCGGAUCACGGAGAAGUUGGUGAGAUGGCGGAUGCAGGCGCUGGAAAGGGCGGAGGUGUGGAUACCUCCAAAGAAGCUCGUGUCGAGGAUACCCCAUCUUUCAAAGCGCUUGCGGAUGAGAAGGAAGAUCAAACGGAUCCUAUGGCGGCCUUAGAGAGUGCACUUACUUCUGCAUCUAAUCUACCCCUGCACCAGAAACAGUAUGUCAAGAUGGAGGAGACAGGGGAUAAAGAGGUGGCCAACGGGACUAUGGCUAUGGAGGUUGACUCCGUGCCUUCAAGACACAUUGGUACAUCUGAGCCGAUAACGAUCGAAGAACUGGAACCCGAAGCAAAGGACUCCAGAGAUCGGCGGGGGCCCUUGUCAGCGAAGCAACAAGCUGCUCUCUCAUCCACUGCUGGGAGACAACAUGCCGUGCACCCACACAGCGUUUUCCAGCCGAUCACCUUCGGCAGGGAAGCGGCCGAGUCGGACCUGAAGUAUUUCGAAGGGCGUUUCAAGUUCCCCAAAGAAAAGCUCCGGGCUGGCAAAAACAUGGGAAAGCGAGUCGGAAAAGGUCCUGCUCCUUCAACAAGUGUGCCUUCAAUCAGCGAAUUACGAGUUGCAGCUGGUCUCUCUCCUGGUGCAGGGAUAGAGGCAGUGUCUGCCGACAGCGAGUUCGAUGAGACCUCUUCGGACUCUGCGAGUGUGACUUCGUCGACCUCAGAAGAGGCAGAAGAGAAGGCAUCAGUGUCUGAAGCGGCACUCUCAGCGGGACCCUUUGGAACAAUGAAGAGGAAAUUCCCCGGGGAUGGAAAUGCAACUCCCAUGUCGGCAACGUCAUUCGCCUCAUCAGUGUUCGGAGACGCGCUGGAUGUACUUGGUGUGACCACGGACAAGAGGGUCAUUCCAUCACUCGAGCCUGAUCGAUGGGAUUGGUCCCUGACUGAUGCUCCGCCACCAACACAAGUGUCAUCCAAGGGACACAAUAACGUUGGGACUGCGGCUACUUCCACACCCGGUACGCCGGCAUCAAUUCCGGAUCUCAGCACGUCAGAAGCUGAGUAUGAGGAACCGCUAAGUGGAAGCGAUAGUAUAGCUGUGGCGCAGGUCCUUACUGACCAAGUUGUUGCAACGACACUGAACCUGUUCCAAAACGGAUCUCCCAUUGUGCAGCACGAUUCGAAGCCGUUGACAGCAGGUUUACGGCAUUCCAUCAGGGAUAUCUUUCCAAAGGCGCAAGAUUGCAGUCUCGCAGGAUUGGCUUCCGUUGCGGAGAUCUAUCCGGAACCGCCCCCUUCAGCCCACACACAACAGCAACGAGCCUCGGGGCGGAGACCGAAUGAUGGAGCGACCUUCGGCUGUCAUUUUGUUCGGAUGCAACCUCCGUAUAUCAGAGUGAAGCGAUCGGACGCCUCUUGGGAGUUCUUGCCUCCCGCAUUGAACUUCUGGGAGAUCCUUGGUUUGGCACCAUGCAGCUCUUCCAAGAAUGUGGGUGCUAUUUGCGUCUAUCCGGACAGCGACCCGUUGAAACCUUGGCUCGAGCACUUCUUGUUGAACCUGCGCAUUGCCUACGAAGGCCAAAAGCUCGGUAACCAUGAGACCGUGGAGUGCUCGGAAGAUCAUCCGAGAGGACUCGUACCCUGGUCGGUCCCCACCCAAGCCACUUCGCGGGCGGCAUUCAGGUCGUUGCGGGAAACAUGCAAGGCGUUGGGAACCGCUCUUGCUGCAAAGCAUGCAGACAUGCAGAAUGGCGAGGACAUGCCACGCAUCGAUGCCUUCGUCAUAUACAUAGUCAAUCCUUUCAAGAAUUCGUCGGCAUUGUGGGAGCUAUGCUCGGCCUUCUGGAGCCUGUUCCAGGCGUACAGUCACGGGAGUUCCGCUAGGAUGGAAAUGGGAUUGAAACCCGACGUCGUCCUUCAGAUUGUCCCAAUGGAGUACAUAGCCUCCUUCGAGAUUCCGGUUAUCCUCGACGCCACCGUAUACGCCAGCCUUGCCCGGGAAGUAUACGACCGCUGUCCGCCGAGCAGCCCCAGCGACGAAAAAUUGCCCUUGAGCAUCUACGCCGCACCGGCUUUCCAUUUGGAAGAAUGCCUCCCGCGCCAGAUCGACUUCAGGACGGUAGCUGAUCCUCCGCCAGAUCUGUUGCGAGAGAAUUCGUACAUGCACAUCGGGUAUGCUAAGAGCUUUGACGACAGCUGGAUGACCGCUGCCUGGACAGACAGCUGCGGAAGGUCUCGAACGGUUGUCUCAUAUCAUAUUGGGAGACGGUCUUUCAUCGAGAUUGCGAGAGAAGUCUGGCAGACUACAGUCGAGAUAUGCCAGGCACGAAAGAUCAAAUGGCGACUAUGCAUUGCCAAGCACGGGGCAAUGGAAAAGGAGGAGAUCGAAGCGUGGUAUUUCCUUGCCGCCACCCAGAACAAGGUCGUCAACUUCUUCACGAUUCUACUGACGGUGGAGCCGAACUUGCCCCUGAAAUGCGUCCCUACUAUGGCCUACCCCAGCGGUCAAAACAGCAACGCCCAGGCACCAGCGGGGACGCCCGCGUCGACUCCUCAAGCUGGUGUCUCUCCAGAUGGACAUAACCUUACCCCUGCAGCGACUCCAGCUGCCGAACCCGCGAUUGACCCAGCCAACGAUCCUGACGCCCGCCUCGUAGACGUCACAGACGAAUCGUGGGGUGUGAUUCUCGCCCAUCGCCUGCAUAGCUGCCACUCGACGGUCGAAUUCCGCCCUUCUCUCGUCUCAGGCCUUCUGAUCAAGCGCGGCCUACCGCACGAGACCAGCCCGCCGCCGCCAUCGGUGCCCGACCCCGAAGUAGGCCCCAUCGUCGUAGGCGUCAACAUGAUCUGGAUCACCACAGUCGGGAAUCGCACCGCCCCCAUUUCCCCCUUCCCCACACCCACCGACGGCGUAUCACCCGGCGGGUCACAAGGUCCUCUCGGCACGGGUGGUCCCUCGUCGGAGAAUCAAAAUCGGAUGAGUCUGAUUUGGACUCCGACGCCGCAGCAUCGGGCGAGCGUGGAGAACCUGAUGAAGGAUAUCCUCACGCAGUUUCGAGGAUUGGGGACGCUGGCGAGAUUGAAGGGGGUCAGGGGGAAUAGGAUGGGGACUGUGCCGUGGCAUGUGGCGGUUGCGAAGACGGGCGUCGAGGGCGUGGCGAGGUGUUUUCCUCGGGGUUAUGGGGGUGGGGGGUAG